AUGAACACUCCGUCACAACCCAUGUGGCUUGGCAUAUUUUAUGCUUGUCUAUUGAGCUCAGUUGUCUUUGUUCAAACGUUGUUUUUGCAAGCCUAUUUUCACCGUCAAUUUCUUGUUGGACUUCGGUUUCGUUCGGCUACUACAGGAAUAGUUUAUAGAAAAAGUUUGAAAUUAUCGAGUUCAUCGAAACAAUCGAGUACAACAGGUGAAAUUGUUAAUUUGAUGGCAAUUGAUGCUCAACGAUUUCAAGAUUUAACAUCUUAUAUUCAUAUAUUAUGGUCGGGUCCAAUGCAAAUCAUUAUUUCUCUCGUUUUACUUUAUGAUAUUAUGGGUUAUUCAAUUGUACCUGGUGUAUUUUUGCUAUUGACUAUGAUACCGCUUAAUUUAUACAUACAAAGAAUACAAAAGAAGUUAACGACAAAACAAAUGGGAUUGAAAGAUCAAAGAAUAAAAACAAUGAAUGAAGUUCUCAGUGGUAUUAAGGUAUUAAAAUUGUAUGCUUGGGAGCCCGCAUUUAUUCGUCGUGUACUAGAUAUACGUGAAAAUGAAUUGAUAUGUAUUCGAAAAAAGGCGAUUGUUAGUGCGAUAUCGACAUUUGCUUGGACAUUUACUCCCAUAUUGGUUUGCAUAACAACAUUUGCCACUUAUGUAUUAUCAAAUAAAAAUAAUGUAUUGGAUGCACCAAAAGCAUUUGUAGCAUUAUCUCUAUUUAAUUUAUUGAGAUUUCCGUUAGUAGUAUUUCCAAGUAUUAUUACCAGUAUUGUUGAUGCUCGUGUAUCCGAUAAACGUAUAUCAAAGUUUCUUUCAAAUGACGAAAUUGAUGAAGAUGCUGUGCAACGAGUUUCUACCAGUGAAGAUGAAAAUGUAAUUGAAAUUAGAAAUGGUUCAUUUUCAUGGACAAUAAAGGAACGAAAUAGUUUAAUAUUAAAAAACAUCAAUAUGCGUAUGCGAAAAGGUUCUUUGUAUGCUGUUGUUGGCACUGUAGGAAGUGGUAAAUCAUCAAUAUUAUCUGCAAUAUUAGGUGAAAUGCAUAAAGUGGAAGGUCAAGUUAUAAUUAAUGGUAGAAUAGCUUAUGUACCACAACAGGCAUGGAUUAUGAAUUCAACAUUAAAAGAAAAUAUUUUAUUUGGAAAAGAUUUUAAUCAUCAAGAAUAUAUGCAAGUUCUUGAUUCAUGUGCAUUAAAACAAGAUUUAGAUAUGUUACCAGAAGGUGAUCAAACAGAAAUUGGAGAAAAGGGUAUAAAUUUAUCUGGUGGUCAAAAACAAAGAGUAUCGUUGGCUCGUGCAAUUUAUAAUAAUGCUGAUUUAUAUUUACUCGAUGAUCCAUUAUCGGCUGUUGAUGCACACGUUGGAAAACAUAUAUUUCGACAUGUUAUCGGACCAAAAGGUUUAUUAGCAGGCAAAACUCGAUUAUUAGUCACUCAUGGUGUAUCUCAUUUACAUAAAUGUGAUGAAAUUAUUGUCGUAUCAAACGGUGUAAUCGUUGAUCAUGGAACAUAUAAUGAAUUAAUGAUUAGAUGUAAUAUAUUAAAAGAAUUGAUGCACUCAGAGAAAUCAAAUAUGCAAAGUGAAUCAGAACCCAAAAGUCCUCAAUCACCGGAAGUUGAAGAUGUUAUUCAUUUUUCUGAUAAUGAUAGUCCAAGUGAUAAAACAAUCGUUGAUCACAUUGUAAAACCAUCUGAAAUAAAUAAUGAAGAAAAUAAAAAAUUAAUUAAAAAAGAACAAUUACAAACUGGCAGUGUUAAACUCUCUGUAUUUGGCGUCUAUAUUCGGGCUUGUACUAUACCAAUGUGUCUACUAAUAUUUGCUAGUUUUUGUCUAACGGGUACUGCCAGUUUAUCCACAAAUAUUUGGUUAUCAAAAUGGACAGAUGAUUCUAAAAAUGAACAAAAUAAUACUCGUUUAAAAUAUAAAGGUUUAAGUGUUUAUGCAGGUCUUGGCAUUAUGAAUGCCUUAUUUGAAUUUUUCUCGACAUUUCUCAUGUUAAUCAUAAGUAUUCGUGCAUCACGAAUACUAUUUAAACACUUUUUAUUAAAUUUAAUGCAUUUUCCAUUGAAAUUUUUUGAACAAACAACAUUUGGUGUUAUCAUAAAUCGUUAUUCAACCGAUUUUGACCGUAUUGACAAUGAAAUAAUGUUUACAUUUCGUUCAACAUUAAAUUCAAUUAUUGGCUUUUUAUCGUGUUUCAUUUUAAUUUCCAUCAUUAUUCCCAUAUGUCUACCAGUUAUGGUCAUACUUAUCGUACCAUUCUACAUUUUGCAGGUGAAAAAGUCAUUCAUAGUAUAUAAAUUCAUACUGGUUUAAUAGCAUAAAAUGCUGAAUGCGUAAAUCUCUUAGUCAAAUUAACAAUCUUUUUAUACAACUGAUACACUACGCAUCUGUUUUCUUUUUUACAUCAAAAAUGAAACUUUGUUCGCUAAAUAGUAGAUUAAAAAGUAGAUGGUUAGACCUUCGUAAUAGUAGGAAUUCUAAUAUGAUUAUGCUUAGUUAUAAUUAACAUAACUCUUGUUGAUUCUGAAUAUGUUUGUUUACGCCAGAUGCCAGCCAGAUUCAUCCGAUUAUUUUAUGUUUCACUAUUUUAUUUGUUAUUCAUUGCUUCACACAGAAUAUGCUAGUGAACUUUUCUUUUCUUACUUAACCAAAACUUUUUAGUCUGCCUAAAUUGUCAGAAGUGAUAAAUUGAGUUGAGUUUUCUAUUUUUGUGUUGGAUAAAGCACAUAAAUGGUGCUGUUGUCUUAGACUCGAACAAGAGAUCGUUUGAACUUGAAAAAACAUACUAUUUUGUAGAAAAAAAACGUUUUCUUGAAAAAACUUUAAAAAGUGAGAGAGGAAUCAUAUAUUUUAUGAAAAAGCUCACGAAUUUUCACAAAAUUUUUUUUCAAUAUCAAAACUUAUCUGUAAACACUUUCAAAUAUACUUGUUUUAGUCGAUUUUUUUAUGCUCUUUCGAAUGAGGUAUCUGAAAGCCUUCUAGCAUACUUAUUUUGAACGUCACUUCCAACACUCUGUUCGACUAAUGGUCACCAUUUUGCUCUAUUUUUGGCCAAGAUCAGGGUACUUUGGAGAAAAUUUAUACAGUCCUGGAAAAUGAUAAGAAAGUAAAUUCUGGCAGCUUAUCUUGUGGCAGUACACAAGCUUCAAACGAUACGCUCUAUUCGUAACACCCGGCCUCUAUUCUAACGAUCUUACAUCUGUAAAUAUAUUAACGAUCGAUGUUUGCUUAAUAGUCAAUUUAAAGACAAGUGUUUUUCCUCUUAGAAUAUGAUGUCUCCGAACUCUGUAUGAACUUUCGUCACGACAGUAUAGCACAAUUAAUGUAAAGAAAACAUCGAGCACUUAUGACGCUAUCAGAUUUUUAAAAGUCAAGAAUCAACAAAGCAUAUUCAAAUUAUUUUUUUAGUCUGAAAUAGAUCUAAUGGUCCAGCCUUUCCAAAUAGCCCCAAAAGAUUCAUAAGUACUUUCUACGACAUUUCUAAUCACUUUCAAAAAUGCACUGUAUUUUAAUGAAUUAUUUACAGAACGGAAAAUAAUUAGAACUUUUUUCUAAGACGUGUGGGGUAAAACACAAUGGCAAAAAAGCUUAAACUCACUGAAAUAUAUGUGUGAAGCAAUCAAUAAAAAAAUAAAUUUAGAACAUAGAGUAACUUUCUCAAACCUCCAUAAUAGAAGACUACCAUGGUCUUCUAUUUGAGGGAGUAACUCAAGUCGAUUUUUGGUGAUCUUCUAAUAGGAGAUGAUCUUUUAUUAUGAGAGAGGUAGCCAACAACAUUCUGUGGUUAAAAAUGCUCAAUUUUGUAUUACGCUCACAUUUUAUCAAAUCUUGCGUAUGAUCAUCUCUUAUUUCCAUCUAAAUUAGGAAAUUGAAAUGGAGAAAUUCAGUCAUAAGGCUAGAAUUUGCUUAUCUGUUCAAGAAUUCAGGAACAGAAUUGUGUUGCUUGUUCUAGUGAAAAUCUGUUCUGGUUUUUCUUCUUCACUGACAUUAUUGCUACAUAUAGAUAUUAUUAAUGCAGUCUCGGCUUCUUAAUGCGGUGUGAAGCAUAACCGCAUUCUAGUAACAAUCGCUUUUAUCUCGAUCAGAAUUUGCAUUAUUUUCGAUAACGAUUUUCUCCAGAAUUAGAAGUACGGUGUCAAGAGUUAAAAAGCGAGUGCAGAGUCCUGUGGCUGCAUGUGGGAAUGUCCUUUUUUUAGGCUUUCUGGAUGUACUGUCUCUUUUCUAAAGCAUCUAAAAGUAGUAGUAGAUUGCAAAUCGGAGACGUGGAAAUUUUUCAACAACGACAAUGAAUAUGAGUAUACAGGCGCGAUGUUCAUUAUAGUGCAAUAUUACUUUCACAGCUGAUCUCAAAUGCAGUGGUAUUCACUUCAUUAUCUAUAUAUGUGAUUGCUAUUAUAAAUGUAUAAAGAUCUAGUGGUCAAGUUGAGAAUGUUCUCUUUGGAGUUUUCUCACAUCUUCCGUUCAUAUGCUUACAAAUCUCGAAAGUCGGUCAUUUCUUUUGAACUUGGAGAUUUACAGAAGAAGAUUUAUAGAAGAACAGGCGUGAUAAUCACUGCAGCAGAGCAACAAACAGCUGUUUGAUGCAGAAACGGUUAGUCGUUCAUUUUCGAUGAUUCAGUUUUUAUUAUUAAGAUAAUCUCAGAAAAAUCUACUAAGUACUUGUAACUAAAGCAUUUUGUUUUGAGGGGCUUUUUACUUUGGUUACAUUUACAAUUCGAGCGCAGCCUGAUCGCUAUCUGGUUUAUAUUAGUUGUUGUCACCGAAUUUUAAAUUUCCAUCAUCUGUUAUGUCUGCAGAAUUGUUCCUCAUCAUCAUCGUUCACAUCUCACAUUUUCAUUCUUUUUCCCCGUAUUCUUGCACUCUUAAAGUACAGUUCUUUGAUUGUCAUCGAUGUCACCAUCACAAAAGCACAACGAGACGAUGGAUAUGAGAUUGGUGAACUUCACCUCUAUACUGUACCAGAUAUUUUAGGGUUUUGAAGAGACGAUUUGUUGGU